GUUAGACUUUAGCUAAAUGUAGAUAUAUGUUCCUGCUUAAGCUGUGCUUCUGUGCUGCCACCACUGACUUAACCAGGUUAUGACCUCAUACUGUAUAUUUACAGUGUGAUUGUAUGUGUUUUUCAGCUGCUAAUAUUAGCACAGAAUUGCUUCCCAGUCUGUCUAAGGUGGACUUGCGUGACCUCUUUCCGGGGCCUGAGCACUUUUUCCGAAGGAAAGCCAUUUGGAGGACCACUCAUGGUGAAAAUGAGUGUGAAGAACUGGAGCAGCCUCACCUAGGCACCUCCUCUGGAACUUAUGAUGGUGCCACAAUUCCAACUACCCCAAACGCUUUGUCCACUCCUUCUUCCUUCCCUGCACCUGUCCCCUCUUCAAAACCAGGAGACAGUGCCAGCAGAACUGUACAGCUUCAAAGUCCACAAUAUGUUGUAUACACAGACACAGAGCUGGAGCUGUCAAGAACCACCUUUUUUGAAAAACAGCGUGCUGGACAAGAAGAAGACUUCACACUCUCCAAAGAGCUUCGCUGUCGCAUAAUAAGGAACACAGUAACAAGCAUGAUCGCCAUAAAGAGAGCUGCAGGGGAUGACUUCCGAUAUCCAAGUAGCCGUGAGCUAACUGCGAUGGCUCAGCGUCUGAUUGUAUACUACCCAAUGCUGCGGGACAGGUCUGCAGCCAGUGGAGCUGAGUGGGAAUCUGUGAAGAAGCAGCUUUUGAGAAGGGUCCAAAAUGUGACAACCCCCAAAAAGAAGCAGGGAGCAACUCCUUCAAGAAAGAGGCGACUGGCCAUCAGCUUUGAGAGCAGCAGCCAUGGUUCACCCACUGAUGACAGCGGGUCCAAUGCUUCAACUUUGAGCUUGGAAACAUCACCGCAGUCUGGAGGCACUUCCCCGGAGGCUGAACAGGUGGAUGGGCCUGAAACUACUGACAGCCCACAGAACCAGGCCAGACACUACAAAGUUCUGCAGGAGCUAUACAAAUCCAAGCCCAGGCCCAACAAGAAGGAUGUUGCCCAGCUGUUGGACCUGGAAUACCAAGCAAGACGGGCUUACAUCGACUCUGAUGUUCUGAAGGAGCACGACAGACCUACCAAGAUUCUUCAAGCAUAUCCCUGCUUCAGAGAAGUGGAUCAUAUAAUGGAUGAACUGCAGCGGAUCCUCAAUCAAGGAAACCCCCACUUCAUACCUGAACUGAAGAACCGCUGGAAGACCUUUUGUGAGAAGAUCCAGUUUUAUGGCGUUUUCAAAAAAGUCAUGAGACCUCCACUGGCUGAUAAAGUAAAGCGAGGGGUUGCGAUGAUGAAAGCUUUGCCAGACGUCUUCCCAUCACCCAUUGCUCCACCCAAGAAGUUUGGGGCAUGCAAGUGA